AUGGUUCUCGAUGGACUCAUUAAUGACGCCAGAAAAAUUCCUUACGUUCGACUACACACUGGUGAACCACGUUUACGUUUUGCCCUCAGCAAUAUAGCCAAUGAAGCGAAUAACGCCCUAAUACAAGGGUGGCCACUUCAGAAAGCUGUUGAGGACCUGGUCGACGACAUCGGCCACGCCUUGAGAGAGCUGCAUGAAUUGAAAGGUGAACCACGGGAUCAUUCAGUCCCAAGGCGAGUCUGCUAUAACCCAGCACCGCUUUGA